AUGAGCAAAGAGAGUGCAACCUCCUUCUCGGCAGAUGAGGUCAUUGCGCCGGGAAAAUCCCCUCAGUACCUGCAGCUGCCCUCGCCAGUGUACUUCGCGCGGUGGGUGGACGAGCGCCACGCCAUUGUUGGCGCCGGCGGCGGCGGGAGACGGUUUGGAAUGGCGAACCUCCUCGCGAUUAUUUCGGUAGACACGACGCAGCGGCGGAGCGAUGCACCUUCGAGUGAGCGGCCACCGCAACAGCCGUCGCAAGCGGUGCCACCGCCUCCUCCGCGUCCCUGGGAGUUUGUCGCCGCCAUUGACUUGGAGGGAAACAUUCCCUGGUGCGCUUCCAGCUUCCUGGCUUGCACCGACGCAGCGCAGGCUGCGCGUGGGGUGGUGGGGUACCUUGCGGUGAGCCACAUCACAUGCUUCACGCUCGUUGAGGUGUACCGGUGCCGCAAGACAAACACGCUGGCGAUGCGGCGGCGCGCCUGCAUUGCGGUCCCGUCGGACGCAAAAAACCCCGACAAGAAGCCCAUCGCUCUGGUGCAGGGGGCCCUCGUUGUUGCACACGACGAGGGCGGGGUGCGGGUCUACGGGUUAGGCUCCCUCCUGCAACGCGGGCGGACUCCGGGGGAGGAACAAGAAAUGCGGGGGGACGUGGAGACGAAAACUGAAGCCCCGGGCGCAAGCCCCGCGUCUUCGGAGGGUGACGAAGAAAAACAACAUGACGUCGUAGAAGCACCGGGAGUUAUCCGAGAGGCUGCGCCUCUUGCUGUAUGGCCGCUGCCCUCGCGUCUGAACGACCUCCACGCCAACCGGUUCUUUGUGCCUAAAAGAGGCAAAGGCGGAGGAAAGUCAGGGAUACGGCUACACUCGGACUACCUACUCAUGGUGGCCCUCGUGCAGGACAAGACGCUUCGACUUGCCACAAUGAAGCUUUCUCGGAGAAACUCGGCGACCGACACGGAGGAAAAAAAGGAUAAUAGCGGGCACGCUAUCACACGCCUUGUAGAUGCGUGUACUUUCACCGGCAGGGACUGUCGCAUUCCCUUCUCGCUAAUGAAAUCUUCUAUGCGAUUAGUACAAAUAUUUGGGGUGGAAGACGUGGCUCCAGCCAAGGCAGAGGCGUCUUGGUUGGAAGCACGCCGUCGGCACUGCGAAAUGGGUGAACGAGGAGCAAUGCCCAUAGCGAGUUUUCUUGUUGUGGUCUACGAUGUGUUGGGAAACCACUCCUGCAUCUUAACGGCUCGGGUGUCAAGCACAGCCGCUGCUCCCAAUGAAGCUGCGCGGUCCAAGGAUUCUGAGCCAGGCACCCACGCCGCGAAGAAACCUUCCAGGCAGCUGAAACUGCAAGUCUGCUUCGCUCCUCAGCCUUCGCCUCUGAUAAACGAAGGCGUUACUUCAAUCAGCGCUUGCCACUAUUGCGGAACUCGCCACGGCUGCGAUGCUCUAAAUGGUGAAGGAGUCGGCACUAUAAUUCCUUCCUACUGGUUGGCCGCGACAGUGGAGGGCACUAUUAUCUCGCUGUUCCGCACCGAUGAAGGUAAAUUUCACACCCUGUCGAUUCGGCCGUCUAGGAAGAAACGAGAAGCCGCACGAUUUCCGGCCUUGCAUCACGAACCCAUUUCAUGCGUAGCAGUAUCAAAAAAAAACGAUGUCUUAACAACGGAUAUAGCACAGAACGUCGUCGUGUCGGUGCUGCCGCUUUUCCAGGGGACGCCGGCGGGCCCAGCGCUUGGCGGGGGCAGGAACGGAGUGACCCCCUCCUUUCCCCCUGUGGCGUACUGCAACGGCAGGAAGAGCUGUCCAGUGAGGGGAGACGGGGCCGCUACGCGUGCAGCGCGCGGCGCAGUAGCGCCAGUGGCGGAUCCCACUGCGUUUGCUGACGGUGGGAAAGAAGUGGCCAUGCAGCCGAAGAGUAUGGCUCUUUCACUUUUCCCAAUAGAACAUGAGUACAAACCGUCGCUCUUGCCUCCGCUUGGGUACGGUGCACUUAUGAGCGUCCGGCUACUGAUAGUUGUGGUGCUCGCGCCACUUGUAGCCAUGCUCGCAAGGUACUGGCUGUCGUAG